CUUAUCUGACCAUUGCCUUGGUAGCGGCUCUUCCUCCUGUCCUUCAAGGUCAUUCCCUCUUCCUUCUAUACAUCUCUAGACUGAGUCACUCCAACUGAUUUGUCCAUGUGGAGUCCUUGGUGCUCUCUGAACUUGGUGGUUUGCUUGCAGACAUUCCAUUACCCAACUAGGGUAACAUCGCCAAUGUGAGUAAGUGUGGGGUUUUCUCACUGUUUAUAUACAGUAGCUUGCCCUGCCAGUUUUGGUAGGAGUGCAAUUUAUCAGUUUCUGUCCUAUUCCUAAUGGCCUUAAUGGAUCAGUCCAAUAAAAAUUACAAUCAUUUUAUUGAACACCCUGGCUUGCUGCUGCCUUCUUGUUUCAGGUAGAAGUGCAGGAAAUAUGUGGAUUGUGCUGUAAGCCGGUCCACCCAACCCAGCGCCUGGUCAUCCAGAACGUUCUUGUGCACCAGAUGUGUUUCUGCUGCCAGCACUGUAGAAGGAAACUAAGUUUGCUCAACUACGCAGUCUUCCAAGAAGCGUUCUAUUGCAAAAUUUGUUGCAAGCUGCUUGCCGGGGUUGUAGGAAAAAGUCCCCCCAACCCCACCCUCAGCCCAAACCGUCAGCAGCUACUGCAGAAAGACACACAGCUAAAUCCAAGACGAGAGUCUAAAAAUAAAAACAGUCCCACAGGAAGGAUUUUGGCUCGAGAGAAAAUGCCACCGAGAUUUUCCAAUUUGCACCCCCAGGGUAGCCUGAGUGAUAAGCCAAAAACCAUCUGCUCGCCUUUAAAGAAAGAUGUUAAAGGUGACAUUGGCAGGAAAUAUGACAGGUAUGGAACAAAGAAAACAUGGCUGCAAGAUCCUGCCAUGGUUCUGCGUAGUUCCCAACAGGCAGAUGCAAGUCAUUACAAGACCUGGGAAGAUAAGUCAAUAGCAGAAAGUUCUCGGGUACAGAAGAAGAAAAGCCAACUCCCCAAAGUCACCAGCCCAAAAAGUGGGGACCACAUCUUGCAUUGGGUUAAAAAAGUACAUGGAAGUCAAGACCUGGGAGUGUUGGAAAACAGACAGUUGUUUGUGGAUGGAGGCAUUGUAGGAGUAGAGGUAGGAAAAAUAGGGUCUAGCAUAUUAGAAAAGGUCAGGAGGUUCCAGUCUGACUCAUUCAAAGUGGAGAGAAGCAUUUCCAAGGCUUCAUCUUUAUCACUGAACCUUCCAAGGUCUUCACUUGCUAGUUCAUUCCUAUCUCCUGAUGGAGGACUUAGAAGUACUACAGUAACACCUGUAGCUACCACAGCUGGUGCUCCUCAACUUGCAAAAGAUCCUUUCCAGGGCAAGAAACCUAGUGGAGCUUCCUCCUGGAAGGCCACAUCUGAUGGAAAGAAUCAAAGGCAGAUCUUGCCGAUGGUUGAACCUCUUCCUAAAGUCAGGACAACGUUACCUGCUUUGGCACCACCAGUGGACAACAGAUCAAAGAAGAAACUUCAAAGAGCCACCCAGGAAAAUACAUUGAACACAGUAGUAACUGAAGAUACUGAAGAACUGAAUUCUAAUAACAUGGCACCAAUGAAAAAUAAGAAACCCUCCCCAUCUAAGCCUGAAGGUUUGGUAUCUUCUCCUGGGUAUGAAGAGAAGGGAAAUAAUCAAACAGAACAUAGUGAUAAGACAUUAGCUUCCAAUUUUGAUCCAAUGAAGUCAUGCCUGAAAACUAACCAGGAACAUAAGCCAUCUUGGAUAAGCAGGAAUGAAUUCCUUGGAGAAGCGAUUGAAAUACUGCAUCCAGAAAGGCAACCAAGCAUGGACAGCCAACUGUCUCCUGAAACCCACCCUUUAAUGAAUGAAGAGGUUAAAAAGAAUGAAAUGUACCCAAGAGGAACCCCAGACAGCUUUGGGAGUCUAACAUGCACUCCUGACUUAGACUCUCAGAACACUGAACCUAAAGAUACAACUAGCUCUUCAGCCACAGAUGGAGACAUAGAAGAUGGUAGUUCAUUAUCCAGCUCACAACCAGACGAUGUUGAAAACAGGGAAGUUCUACCAAGAAAUAACCUACAAGAAGAUGCUGCUUUGAUCUGCAACAUAGAACCUCCUAUAAAAAUCACAAACACAAAUGAAAAACUACCAGCAAAAGCCAGCAGUGAACAUAACCUUCAACUUGCAUUCCAAGAAGAUACUUCUAGAGAUACCAGUCUUCUGGCUUCUGUCUCUUACACCAAAGACCCAGAAAUACUUCUCUCCUGUGAAGUCCCCUGUUUGAUAGAAAAGCAGGAGACAGGACAAGUAACUGUGGAAAUCAAAGCUCAAAAUGGUAAGGGCUCAGUUAUAGAGACAAGUCAAGACAUUACAGAUAAGUCUGCCAGAAAGCAACCAUUAAAAAAACAAAAUAAUCCUUUUGCUCAGUUUUUUGCAUCCAAAACACAAAGGAGUGUUCCCAACCAGAAGCUAACAUCAGGAACCAAGAAAGCACCUAAGUCUGCUUUAGUCACAUUGUUUGGACAUUCGGUGAAUAAAGACAAGAGUCAAAAGGAAUGGCCAAGAAAAGAUUUAGGAGAGCUUUCAGGAAAAGUAAGUUUACAAUCUACGCAUUACUCAAACCUACCAAAACCUGACAGCUCCAAAAAAGAGGAGAACUCCAAAGUGGUUAUUCAGACAAUGAAUUCAGGGGCAGGCCCACAAGAAUCAGAGGAGAGUCACAGAAGUUGCUCAAAAGAAAAUCAAAAUGGGAAUUCUCCAUCCUUGGAUUGUGUGAAUACAUUUUCUUUAGAGCUUGGAAGAGAUAUUGCAAGUCCCAUAGGAAUGCCAUCUAGAACAAAGUCCCUUGAUAUUCCCAGGCAAUCAAAUCUAAAUACAGAAAAUACAGCCAAGGAUCAUGGACAGUCAUUGCCAUUUACUAGUUUACAGGAUUGUCUGGUGUCUACAGAGAACAUGUCACAGUAUUCUACAAAUCCUUCAGUGGAGACAAGUGUUUCCUGUAGGAAUCCUCUUUCUGAGCAAGGUUUGUAUAAGUUCUCUAAUUUGGCCAAUGUGGAUAGUCAAGAUUUAGAGCUGAAGGCAAGAAAUGUUUCAUUAUUAGACCCUUUGAGAGAAGAUGAGACUCAAGCAUUAGAUGAGGUCCAUCAGGUUCCUGAUACUCUUUUAUCUUUUAAGGGUGUGGAAGGGUCAGCAAACAUGGAGAGAGAUGCUGCAGAAACUUCUCCUGGUUUAGAUUCAGAAAUUGUACAAACGAACGAUGAUUUUUGCUCAGGAUCUUCAGAAAACUAUUUGCAGGUCAGCAGUCCACAGUUUUCAGAGUUGGAGCUUAAUGUGGGGUUCAGAGAUGACAGCCUUAGUAACAGACAGCCUCCAGAAACUGGAAACCCCCAGACAUUUGGGUCUAAUUCAGAUCAUCCUUUUGAACUAACUCUGCAUGUUGAACAAGCCAGUAAUGAGGAUUACUCCAUUGGAGAGAACCACUUGCACCCAGUGCUCACUUCAUUUCCGCAUAUGCCUGAGCUUCUUAGAGACACCCUCCAGGGCAAGGCUACAGAAAGAUCAGUUGAAGCUAAAAGUCUGCCAGAGGACUGAAUGCAAGCAGAGGACAGUGAUCAUCCAUGAGGACGUUUGAUGUAUCCUUACCUUGAAACCCAGGGCUUAGAGUUCCAACUGAGGCCUAACUUGUUCAUGAACAACUGAAAUGGAAACCAAGCCAAAUUUAUGGAGCCAGUCUUGAUAACGCUCCUGAAAACACCCAAGAUGUGUACAGGUAAUCCCCAGUUUAAGAAAGAGUUCCGUUUCCAAGAUCUGUCCUUAAGUCGAAUUUGUACGUAA